GCAGUACGGCAUCCGCGGGGACGAGAAAUGGCAGCUGCUGGCCACUGGCGCCGCCUGCUUCCUCUUGGUAUCGAGCCUGGGGAUGUGGCAGCUGAAGAGGAUGAAAUGGAAGAAAGAGCUGAUUGAGAUGCGGCGCCAGCGUUUGGCCAUGCCCCGCAUCCAGGUCACGGGCAGCCCGUUUCCGUGGAAGGACCAGGUUCCGGACUUCAUCUACCGCGUGGUGGAGGUCCGUGGGGUCUUUGACCACAGCAAU